AUGGAGAAACGAAAUACGUCUCGAAAUCAUAUUCGACGUUCAAUGGGUUGCUCCAAAAAAGGACGAACUUCAGGUUUGAAGCAAAUUUUUUGUGUUUUUGACCAACGAAAACGCUUUUUCAUCUUACACUUCGAAACAGAUUUUUUUUUUUGAGAAAUUAGGAUUUUACACCCUGCACGUGUGUUUUCUUUUACACAAAACGCGGGAAAGAUGAAUUAUCACUACUGGAAAAGAUUUAUAGCUUUCGAGUUUUUUUUUCUCUUUUUGAACCUUCGCAAUUAUUUGAAACGUAGCGCUUUGUAUGUCGGACGAUUCAUCAAAUGUUUUGAGAAAGUCAUGUCAGCCACGUAUUUGUUUAGAAGGAAAACGUCCCCAAAUCGAGCUGUUCUGUUUUUUUCUCAGUUCAAGAACAUUACUUUUUUUGCGAGAUUUUUGAAGCUAUUUUUAAUUUGAGAAAAAGUUCAUUCUGUAGGUAGUAGCGACAAAAAUUUUUUUAUAAUAUUUUUUUCUUAUUCGAUUUUUUGAGAAAAAGUUCAUUCUGUAGGUAGUAGCGACAAAAAAAUUUUUUUUAUAAUAUUUUUUUCUUAUUCGAUGAGGUUAUAAAAAGCAAAAAAACUUUUUGCCAUGUUUAAAGCGAUUCUGCGAAAUUCAGAAUAGCAGUAAGAGAGUAAAAAAAAAUCUAAAUUUUGGAGAGUAAGAGAUAAUUUCAAAAAUAAAAAUUUCACACGUAGUCACAUACUAUAUUUAUACAUUCGUGAACCUCUACUUUUCAUUCAAAAAGAGCUGAGUUAAUUACUUUUUUUCCAGGUAAAAAAACAAAAGCGAUGGUCGAGGCUCGUCGAGGAGGUGGUGCACGGCACAAAAAAGCGACUCCGCCCAUUUUGUCGCACGAUUUCGUGAUCCAAAACCAUGGAGACAUCAUGAGCUGCAUUCUCAUGGUCUUCAUCGUCGGCCUCAUGUUCCCGGUGCGACUUUUUCACUUUUUUUCCUUUUUAAAAAAAUCACGAGAAAAAAACUUUUAUUUUUUUCAAAAACUAGUGAUUAUUCCGGAAAAAAACUCCCCUUUUUUUGGAUCUCUGAAAUUUAACGUUUCUGAUUCGUUUAAGUUUGAAAAAUUCCCCAUAAAUUAAGGGUGAAAAAAAUAGUAAAAAGCGCUUUUUGAAAGAAAAAAAGCCCCAAUAUAUUUUCUCUUUUGAAAAAAAUUAUUCUUGGAUCAUAAAAAGCCUAAAAAGAAUUUUUUUAUGAUCAUUUGUUGCAUUUUUCGAACAUACGUGGGCUAGCAGCCCAUUUAGCACAUGCGGGCCCCCUGAUCCUUUAAGAAGGGUCGAUAAGUUACAGGAAAUCGGUUUAUUUUAUUCAUUAAGCCUUUUUGAAGUUUAUUGAGUGGUGAAAUUAUUGACAAAAAUCUUAUACUAGCGCCAAAACGGUCGAAAAAUACUGAGGCGAAUCGUAUAAAUCAUGUCCUAAAUACUUCAGAAUGAUAGGUAUCGAUUCAAUUUCUUUUUUUAAAAGUGAAUAUUACACAUAUUACAUGUUCUCACAAAAUUUCAGGCCAAUCGGAAGGGUUUGAAAAUUAGUCAUUUUCCGGCCAUUAGAAAAAAAUCAACUUUUUAUUUUCGCUUUUUACGGCUCAAAAUCAUUACUCAUCUUGAGAUAACACCUAAUAACGACAAAUUACUUAACGUCGUUAUUAGGUCUUAUCUCAAGAUGAGUAAUGAUUUUGAGCCGAAAAAUUGGAAACUUCAAAAAAUCACUUUUGAGAGGUCGGAGAAAUCAUUUUUCUCAAAACUCAUCCAACCGGCCUGAAAUUCGGCCAGAUCGUAGAUUCUGAUUUAUGAUUAUUUUUUUAACAUCGAAAUCGGAUCGAUUCUCGCAAAUCGGGAUAGGCCGGGGGGCGGGGCCCGCAAGCCACCAAUUGAUAUUUAUUCUCACAAGCGCAAAAUCUUGUAAUUGGACUGAAAAAGCUUCCAAAAGGUUGCAAAUUGAGUAAUUUGUCGUUAUUAGGUGUUAUCUCAAGAUGAGUAAUGAUUUUGAGCCGAAAAAAAUUGGAAACUUCAAAAAAAUCACUUUUUGAGAGGUCGGAGAAAUCAUUUUUCUCAAAACUCAUCCAAACGGCCUGAAAUUCGGCCAGAUCGUAGAUUCUGAUUUAUGAUUAUUUUUAACAUCGAAAUCGGAUCGAUUCUCGCAAAUCGGGAUAGGCCGGGGGGGGGGCCCGCAAGCCACCAAUUGAUAUUUAUUCUCACAAGCGCAAAAAUCUUGUAAUUGGACUGAAAAAAAGCUUCCAAAAAGGUUGCAAAUUGAGUAAUUUGUCGUUAUUAGGUGUUAUCUCAAGAUGAGUAAUGAUUUUUGAGCCGAAAAAAAUUGGAAACUUCAAAAAAAUCACUUUUUGAGAGGUCGGAGAAAUCAUUUUUCUCAAAACUCAUCCAACCGGCCUGAAAUUCGGCCAGAUCGUAGAUUCUGAUUUAUGAUUAUUUUUAACAUCGAAAUCGGAUCGAUUCUCGCAAAUCGGGAUAGGCCGGGGGCCCUGCAAGCCACCAAUUGAUAUUUAUUCUCACAAGCGCAAAAAUCUUGUAAUUGGACUGAAAAAGCUUCCAAAAAGGUUGCAAAUUGAGUAAUUUGUCGUUAUUAGGUGUUAUCUCAAGAUGAGUAAUGAUUUUGAGCCGAAAAAAAUUGGAAACUUCAAAAAAAUCACUUUUUGAGAGGUCGGAGAAAUCAUUUUUUUCUCAAAAACUCAUCCAACCGGCCUGAAAUUCGGCCAGAUCGUAGAUUCUGAUUUAUGAUUAUUUUUUUAACAUCGAAAUCGGAUCGAUUCUCGCAAAUCGGGAUAGGCCGGGGGGCCCGCAAGCCACCAAUUGAUAUUUAUUCUCACAAGCGCAAAAAUCUUGUAAUUGGACUGAAAAAAAGCUUCCAAAAGGUUGCAAAUUGAGUAAUUUGUCGUUAUUAGGUGUUAUCUCAAGAUGAGUAAUGAUUUUGAGCCGAAAAAAAUUGGAAACUUCAAAAAAAUCACUUUUUGAGAGGUCGGAGAAAUCAUUUUUCUCAAAAACUCAUCCAAACGGCCUGAAAUUCGGCCAGAUCGUAGAUUCUGAUUUAUGAUUAUUUUUUUAACAUCGAAAUCGGAUCGAUUCUCGCAAAUCAGGGAUAGGCCGGGGGCCCGCAAGCCACCAAUUGAUAUUUAUUCUCACAAGCGCAAAAAUCUUGUAAUUGGACUGAAAAAAAGCUUCCAAAAGGUUGCAAAUUGAGUAAUUUGUCGUUAUUAGGUGUUAUCUCAAGAUGAGUAAUGAUUUUUGAGCCGAAAAAAAUUGGAAACUUCAAAAAAAUCACUUUUGAGAGGUCGGAGAAAUCAUUUUUUUCUCAAAAACUCAUCCAACCGGCCUGAAAUUCGGCCAGAUCGUAGAUUCUGAUUUAUGAUUAUUUUUUUAACAUCGAAAUCGGAUCGAUUCUCGCAAAUCGGGAUAGGCCGGGGGCCCGCAAAGCCACCAAUUGAUAUUUAUUCUCACAAGCGCAAAAAUCUUGUAAUUGGACUGAAAAAAAGCUUCCAAAAGGUUGCAAAUUGAGUAAUUUGUCGUUAUUAGGUGUUAUCUCAAGAUGAGUAAUGAUUUUGAGCCGAAAAAAAUUGGAAACUUCAAAAAAAUCACUUUUUGAGAGGUCGGAGAAAUCAUUUUUUUCUCAAAAACUCAUCCAACCGGCCUGAAAUUCGGCCAGAUCGUAGAUUCUGAUUUAUGAUUAUUUUUUUAACAUCGAAAUCGGAUCGAUUCUCGCAAAUCAGGGAUAGGCCGGGGGCCCGCAAGCCACCAAUUGAUAUUUAUUCUCACAAGCGCAAAAUCUUGUAAUUGGACUGAAAAAGCUUCCAAAAGGUUGCAAAUUGAGUAAUUUGUCGUUAUUAGGUGUUAUCUCAAGAUGAGUAAUGAUUUUGAGCCGAAAAAUUGGAAACUUCAAAAAAUCACUUUUGAGAGGUCGGAGAAAUCAUUUUUCUCAAAACUCAUCCAACCGGCCUGAAAUUCGGCCAGAUCGUAGAUUCUGAUUUAUGAUUAUUUUUUUAACAUCGAAAUCGGAUCGAUUCUCGCAAAUCAGGGAUAGGCCGGGGGCCCGCAAGCCACCAAUUGAUAUUUAUUCUCACAAGCGCAAAAAUCUUGUAAUUGGACUGAAAAAGCUUCCAAAAGGUUGCAAAUUGAGUAAUUUGUCGUUAUUAGGUGUUAUCUCAAGAUGAGUAAUGAUUUUGAGCCGAAAAAUUGGAAACUUCAAAAAAUCACUUUUGAGAGGUCGGAGAAAUCAUUUUUCUCAAAACUCAUCCAACCGGCCUGAAAUUCGGCCAGAUCGUAGAUUCUGAUUUAUGAUUAUUUUUAACAUCGAAAUCGGAUCGAUUCUCGCAAAUCGGGAUAGGCCGGGGGCCGCAAGCCACCAAUUGAUAUUUAUUCUCACAAGCGCAAAAAUCUUGUAAUUGGACUGAAAAAAAGCUUCCAAAAAGGUUGCAAAUUGAGUAAUUUUGUCGUUAUUAGGUGUUAUCUCAAGAUGAGUAAUGAUUUUGAGCCGAAAAAAAUUGGAAACUUCAAAAAAAUCACUUUUUGAGAGGUCGGAGAAAUCAUUUUUUUCUCAAAACUCAUCCAACCGGCCUGAAAUUCGGCCAGAUCGUAGAUUCUGAUUUAUGAUUAUUUUUUUAACAUCGAAAUCGGAUCGAUUCUCGCAAAUCGGGAUAGGCCGGGGGGGCCCGCAAGCCACCAAUUGAUAUUUAUUCUCACAAGCGCAAAAAUCUUGUAAUUGGACUGAAAAAAAGCUUCCAAAAAGGUUGCAAAUUGAGUAAUUUGUCGUUAUUAGGUGUUAUCUCAAGAUGAGUAAUGAUUUUUGAGCCGAAAAAAAUUGGAAACUUCAAAAAAAUCACUUUUUGAGAGGUCGGAGAAAUCAUUUUUUUCUCAAAACUCAUCCAAACGGCCUGAAAUUCGGCCAGAUCGUAGAUUCUGAUUUAUGAUUAUUUUUUUAACAUCGAAAUCGGAUCGAUUCUCGCAAAUCGGGAUAGGCCGGGGGGCCCGCAAGCCACCAAUUGAUAUUUAUUCUCACAAGCGCAAAAAUCUUGUAAUUGGACUGAAAAAAGCUUCCAAAAAGGUUGCAAAUUGAGUAAUUUGUCGUUAUUAGGUGUUAUCUCAAGAUGAGUAAUGAUUUUUGAGCCGAAAAAAAUUGGAAACUUCAAAAAAAUCACUUUUUGAGAGGUCGGAGAAAUCAUUUUUUUCUCAAAAACUCAUCCAACCGGCCUGAAAUUCGGCCAGAUCGUAGAUUCUGAUUUAUGAUUAUUUUUUUAACAUCGAAAUCGGAUCGAUUCUCGCAAAUCGGGAUAGGCCGGGGGGCCGCAAGCCACCAAUUGAUAUUUAUUCUCACAAGCGCAAAAUCUUGUAAUUGGACUGAAAAAGCUUCCAAAAGGUUGCAAAUUGAGUAAUUUGUCGUUAUUAGGUGUUAUCUCAAGAUGAGUAAUGAUUUUGAGCCGAAAAAUUGGAAACUUCAAAAAAUCACUUUUGAGAGGUCGGAGAAAUCAUUUUUCUCAAAACUCAUCCAAACGGCCUGAAAUUCGGCCAGAUCAUAGAUUCUGAUUUAUAAGUAUUUUCAACUUCAAAAUCGGAUCGAUUUUCGCGAAACGGGAUAGGCCGGAGGGCCCGCAAGUCAUCAACCGAUAAUCACUUUGACGGCGCGAGACUUAGCUGAAUGUACUACAUAUGGAUCGUAAAUCAAUGAACAUUUGCUAAUUAAUCCAUAACCCAACUUUGAAAAAUAUUUCACAUCAAUAGAUUUUUCUGGAGGGGUACGCUCUUUUCCAAGGGGGGUACGCUCUUUUUCAAGGGGGGCCCGCUCUGACGUCACGAAAAAAUGUGGGUUAGCCCAUGUAUGUUUUCGAAUUCGAAAUCUCAAAAAGACUGAGCACAUGUCUCUCUCAAAUAAACACGCAAUCAAUCUUCUCACUCUUCAUUUUUUUUUCGUUUCUUUUCGAGGAAGUUCAUGCUUGUUUUUUUCAAAGUCUGUUGAAAAAUCCUGGCUUUUCUCAAGAUUAGAACGAUGCUGAAUCCUUGCAUGACCUAGAAUAUCACUGAAAGCGGCCAUUAACUUUUUUUCGUUUAUUAGAAAUUUGAAAAAAAAAAAGAACAGUGGGAAGUUUCUCAUUUUUAGGCAGUUUUCAAAGUAGUUCCGGGAAUUUAGAAAUAUAUGCGUUAUUCGUUUGGAAUGAUUUCGGGUGAUAGGCGAAAUUAAAAAUUUCGGAAGUCGUUAGAAAGUUCUUGUUCCAAAAUAAAACAUCGUCAUACCUUCGAACAUGAAAUUUUCGUUGAAAAGUGACAAAUAACCUCAAAAUUUUCGGAUUUUCGAAUUUUUUAAAUAAUUUUUAUCGAUUUCAGUUGACUUCUCCUCUCGCCGCCGUCUUCAUCGCUCCCCAAUACAAUGAGACGACCAUUAUGCCUUCCGAAAACUCGCGUUCGUUUUUUUUGUUAUUUAAAAACAGUUUGUCGCUUACUUUAUGUUCUGAAAACGGCGGAAUGUUAUUCAAAAAAUUUUCAAAAAGGCUCUAAAAUCAUGUUCAUUUUGCAGAAUACGAAGUGACAGGCUAUCGAAACGGUAUUUUGGACGUUGCCAGCAUUAUUUUCUACACGAUCGCCUGGGUGGUCAUCCACGCGAUUCUUCAGGAAUACGUUCUCGACAAACUUCAGCGUAAGGUUCGGUUUUUCACGAAACUUCUGAAUUUUUAGUUCUUAUUGUUUUAUAUUUCACUGGGAAGUUUGAAUUUCUAAUAAUUUUUUCUAUUAAAAUGGUAGAGAGAAGAAUGAAAAAUAUAUUUGUAAGAGAUCCAAAUUUUUUUAGGGAAAAGUUUAUUCCAUUUCGAGUCAUCUUUUCACAAUUUUUUUUCUUCCAAGCUUUGAAACCCUUCCUUUUGAUGCUCCUUUAAUUAAGACUGAAACUCCAUUUAUAUUAAAGGCGCAUGCACAGAGACAGCGCGUGCGCUUCAAAUGGAAGUUUUCUGUAGCUUGAUGAUAAGAAAAAAAUCGUGACGAGCUGGCGGUGAAUACGUUCUGCUGCAGGGAGUGAGAUGUAGCGUUUCAUUUUCAAAUUCGUUUCAAAAAAGUGAAUUAUUAUGGAUUUCGUAUUAUUUUAGGCUCAAAAGAUGAUAUUUUUAUCGGAAAAUUUGUGAAAGAGAUUUCCUUUUGUUUGGAUAUGUUCAAGACUUUAUAAAUUCCGAAAUUAUGUGAAAAUCUACCUGCUUAUCGUUUAAAUAACCGCCUGAAAAAUGUUUCGCUUGAGAGUUCCAAAUAAAACGUUCUCCUACCUCCAGGCACACUUGUCGAAGGCCUCCAACUUCAAAUUCACUGAAUCUGGUCAUAUGCUCGCUUUUUCGAUUUAUUCCGUCGCUCAUGCUCUUCACAUUCUUCAAGAGUACGUCCAGGGAUACGGCGAUUUUAAGAGGUUUUUUUUUAAAAUUUUUUUCAAGAAGCUUCUUAACUUUGAAUAUUUGUUGAGCUUUUUUUGAAGAUUUAAAAAAAUUCUUUCUUUUUUUCAUUUUUUUCACUCAGGUGUGCUCAAGCUGUGUAUUAUUUCGUAUUUUUGUCAAGAAAAAUUAACUUUUUUUUUCCAGAAUCUGGAUUGGCUAUCCCGAAGAACACCGCUGGAUGUCCUCUGGCUACAAAAUGUUCUUCAUUUUCCAGGUUUUUUUUUCUGAAAGUCUUUAUUAUUGUUUUCUUCUCAGAUCUCCUACUGGCUCCACCAGUUUCCCGAGUUUUACUUCCAAAAGCUGAAGAAAGACGAAAUCCGCCAGAAGACUUUCAUCUCCGUCCUCCACAUUCUCUUCAUCACUGCCGCUUAUUUUAUGAAGUAAUUUUUUUUAUUUUUAUGCUUUCGAAAAAUUUCAAGAAAUAUCAAGAGUAAGCUUUCAUUCGUGUAGAUUUUUUUGGGUGGGUUUUUUUAAAAAUAUAAUUUUCGAAAGUUCAUUUUUUUGAAAUAAACUAGGUUUAUUUUUUUAACUUGAAAUCCUUGAUUUGUGGUUUUUUUUUUCCAAUUUUCGACUUUUUUGAAUUUUUUUUUCCCUGUUAAUAUCAAAGGGAUUUUGCGAUUUUUCAAAAAACCGUCAUAGAGUUCUAAAAAUUACCAAAUUUCGGAGAAUUAGAGUUAACUCAAAACGACAUGAAAUAUCUUUUUUUGACCAAAAAAUUUUGAAAAAACCAAAUCGUGAUUGUACUUAUCAGAAGGGUUAUACUACUUGAAAUUCAAAAUUUUGAUUUUCGCCAUUAAUUUUCUAUUUAUCUUUCCAGUUUCACGCGAAUCGGAGUCGCUCUUCUCCUUUUGGAGUACACCUCCCAGGCCGUCUUCCAUUUUGCUCGUCUUUCCCACUUUUUGGACAAGAAGACCAUCUCCAAGCCAGUGUGAGUUUAUCAUUUUGUUUAAAGAUCUGGAGAAAAAGGCUUGAAAAAAAUCAACUUUAUCGUGGAAUUGAUUUCUUAAUGUUCUUGAUAAGCAUGAUCAACUUGUUUUCUUUCAUUUUCCGUUUCCUCUACAUGAACUUUUUUUGCCACGCCAAUAGAUCACGCAAGAAAAAAAAUUAAUUAAUUUUUGCAGCUUCAAACUGUGGAACGUGGUUUUCGUGUUGGCGCGCAUUGGCUCGGCCGUUUUGGCCGUGAUGACGUUCUGGUACGGCCUCCGCCAGGUUGAAUCGCCCUACGUCGACCCCUCUACCGGAAACUUUAACACCACUUUUGUCAGGUUCGUUCUUUUUUUCAUUGAAAAAUUGGCGAAAUUUGUUUCCGAUUAUUCUCAUGUCUCUAUUGAACUUUUCAACGGAUCGUUUAGCCAGUUUUUCCUCUGUGUUUUUUUAGGAUUUUUCUCUGACUAUUUCCUCAUCAAAUUUACAUAGGAACAUGAAAAAAAUGGAAGUUACGUGAAAAAAGUCAUUUUUCAUGCGAAAGAAAAAGUAUACCAAAUUUUUUUCCUAGCUGAAAAAUCCUCUUUUUUUCUAUAAAAAAACACAAAUUUUAUGUACCCAAAUUUUUUCCAGGCUGAACAUCCUCCUUCUGAUCCUCCUUCUGCAGCUUUUCCAGCUCUGGUCUUUCGUCACCUUCCAUCUGACCAAGUAUAAGUAAGAGUGUACCUUUUAAAACAAAGAGAAUAUGGAAAAUUUCCUUAGGGAAUCGAACAAGAAGAAGGGCGACAAGAAGCCCGCCGCUCAGCCUAUCGCACCGAAGAAAAAGCAAAGAAACGAGGAUUCUCAGUCGGUCAGUUUGCGGAAAAAAGGCCACUUUAGUGUUUUGAGUUCCCUUUGGAGCAGACGAAGUAGGGUUUUCCGAAAAAAAAAAUAGAGAUUUCAGUGGUCAUUAUAGGGUUGAAGCUUCGAGUGGCUCCUUGAGAGGCUUUGAUAAUGAGAAAACUUUAUAAAAAAAAAAUAAAAUUUUUACCUUUAAAAUUAGAAAAUUAGCACACAUACAAAGGUAAAGAGAAACCGAAUAUGUUCUCAAUUUUUGAAGGCUUAUAAUCAAGUCUCAAAAAGUAAUCUUCCUUUUGUAUGAAGCUCAGAAGGAGGAAAACUCUUCAAAAAACAUUUAUCACGAAGCUCGGAAUCACUUUAAUUUUUUCUUGAAUUUUUUACAUUUUCAAAAAAAAAGGAAAUCAGUGAAGUUUCUUAACAGAAAGUUAUCUGAAAACGAAUUUAGCUCCAAAACUACUCUAGGGACUACUUAUAGGUUAAAUUAAAACCUCCGAAAGAUUGUUUAGUGGUCACUAUGGUCGGCUUAUAAGUAAUCUAUACACUUUUUUCUUAUUUUUUUCAUUUUCAAGUUAACUUGUCUUGAUGAUUUCGAUUUUUUUCAGGAAUCUGAGAGUCUCGACCCGAAAACGGCCAAAAAGAAGAACUGA